UCCCGUUCCCGUUUCCCGUUCCCCGUUCCCAGUUCCCGUUCCCCGUUCCCCGUUCCCGGUUCCCCGUUCCCCGUUCCCGUUCCCCGUUCCCGGUUCCCCGUUCCCCGUUCCCGGUUCCCCGUUCCCGUCCAGCCGCCGUCUCGGUCCCGGCCCGGGGGAGAACGAGCCCAUGGCCAGGAAAGAGCCGCUGCUGAGCGCCCUUAAAGGAGCGGUGCUGCGGCUGCGGGACGGCGGCGGGCCCUGCACGGACACCUCGCCGCACCUCGUGUCGCUGUGCCAGCUGCUGGAGAGCAUCCUGCGCAAGGGGCUCCGACAACCGGCCUGGGGCUUCCGCAGACGGGAUUACUGGCACUGGCUGGAGCAGCUCCCCACGGGCACCGGCGGCAGGCCGAGCCCUCUCUCCGCCAGCAUCCGGAGARCCGCGGGCUGUGAGCGGACRCGGACGGCGCAGGGCCGGGGGCGGCACUUUGUGCGCUUGGCCCUGCAAGGGAAGGUGCUGGCGGUGGCCGUGAGGCAGCUGGCACAGAGCCCCCGGCUCCUGGAGUUCUACGAUCCAGAGAGCUCCAUCCUCGGCAGUGAAGAUCUCCGGGAGCCUUUCCUCUCGCUGCUGCUGGUGCUGACAGAGAUGGAUUUCUCCCUGGACCUGCAGAAUUGCAGCUUCUUGGACGAGAGCUGGCUGCUGCCGGUAAGAGCCCAUCACUCCCUGGAGGUGUCCUUCCACCACCUGACCCUCCCUGGAAAGUCAAAUUGGGAGGAUAAAGAAUGGUUUGGUGGAGAGGGAUUGCCAUGCACACGGGUGGGAUGGUUCAGGUUCACCAGGAUGAGCAGAGGCUGGAUCCUGCUGGGUACCUGCACUCUCACCAGGAGCAGAUCCUGGCAUUCCUGGGAGUAAAACCAACCAAGAGAAGCAC